AUGUCUUCUGUCUAUCUCCAAUUCAUCUUCAAUUUAUCUUGUCUCUUCAAUCCAUCUUGUUUCUUCUAUUCAUCUUCAACCUAUCCUGUCUCUUCAAUUCAUCUCCACUCUAUCUUCUGUCUCUUCAUUCAUCUCCAAUCCAUCUUCUGUCUACUCCAAUCCACCUUCUGUCUAUCUUCAAUUCAUCUCCAACCUAUCCUCUGUCUCUUCAAUCCAUCUCCAAUCCACCUUCUGUCUAUCUUCAAUCCAUCUCUAACCUAUCCUCUGUCUCUUCAGUCCAUCUCCAAUCCAUCUUCUGUCUACUCCAAUCCACCUUCUGUCUAUCUUCAAUCCAUCUCUAACCUAUCCUCUGUCUCUUCAAUCCAUCUCCAACCUAUCCUCUGUCUCUUCAAUCCAUCUCCAAUCCAUCUUCUGUCUACUCCAAUCCAUCUUCUGUCUACCUCCAAUCCAUCUCUAACCUAUCCUCUGUCUCUUCAUCCAUCUUCUGUCUACUCCAAUCCAUCUUCUGUCUACCUCCAAUCCAUCUCUAACCUAUCCUCUGUCUCUUCAUCCAUCUUCUGUCUACUCCAAUCCAUCUUCUGUCUACUCCAAUCCACCUUCUGUCUACCUCCAAUCCAUCUCCAACCUAUCCUCUCUCACCCUCAACAAAUAAACAAAAAAAUAACACAACUCGCAAGCUUCCAAUGGGGUCCUUCAGCAGCUCCCAAAAGGAUACAAAAAAUAUACAUAUACGCGUCAAUACACAUGCCUGUUGACUAUGCUUCCACUAGAUAUAUAUAUAUGUAUACAUACGUUAUGAUUUACAAGGGCAUAUAUUAUAAUAAGUCAUGUAUUGUAUGUCUAUCAAUAUACACAGCUAUAAUGUAUAUGUAUGAAUGUUUACCUAUAGCUGCCUUGCUCCCAAAAUACUCAACACCUGGGCGAUUGGUUAAUUAACACCUGGGUUCGCUUUUGUUUGCUUGCUUGUUUGUUUGUUUUAGUUGGAAGUUGAUUUGAGUUUGGUAAUUUGUUGACUGUAUUGAAAUUGGUAAAGAAAAAGACGUGUGAUUGAAGGAGAAAAUGAAUGGAAAAUAGUUAUAAAUAAGGCAGAGAGAGAGAGAGAGAGAGAGAGAGAGAGAGAGAGAGAGAGAGAGAGAGAGAGAGAGAGAGAGAGAGAGAGAGAGAGUAGAAUAAUAAGUUGAAAUAGAGAAAAGAAUUAAAGGAUGGAAGGAAAAAGAUGAUUAUUGAUGAGAGAGAGAGAGAGAGAGAGAGAGAGAGAGAGAGAGAGAGAGAGAGAGAGAGAGAGAGAGAGAGAAUAUGUAUGAAGAGGAAGAAGAGUAAAGAAAAUAAAAAAAAAGGAAGGAAGUUAUGAAGGAGAAGAGAUGACACUUAAUAAAUAUAAAUAACAAAAUAAACACCACAAUAAAAGCAGUUAAAAGUACUAAAUGAAAACAGAAACAGUGAAGAUAAACGAGACUAAAAACGAAUAUAGGAAGAACAUAACACUAAAUUAGAUAACAGAAGAGAAAGUAAACAAUAGCCUAUUACGUAACUUUAGAAGAAUAAGGAAAGGGAGAAAAAACGGUGGAAAUGAGUUAAAGAGACCAGUGAUAAAAAGACUUAAAAGAUAUAUAUGACAGCGAAUAAUUAGAGCAUUUGGCUUUGGCUAUAGACGGAAAAAUCUCGAAUAUUCCAGAAAUUUAUAUGAAAGACUGGAAAUUAUGGGGUCAGAGAGAGAGAGAGAGAGAGAGAGAGAGAGAGAGAGAGAGAGAGAGAGAGAGAGAGAGAGA